GUAGCGUUCAGAUUCGGUGUGUCUCUAUGCUCCCCUCCACCUGAUGUUUGCAUCAUCACUAACACCAUGUAUAUACUCGUCAAGGUGAUACAGAGGCUACGAUCUAUUGGCUUGAACGAACACCCAAACUCCUUGAAAGUACUAUUUUCUAAGCUCAGUUUUCAUUCGCUCUAUCACCGCACAUCGUUGUGCCGAACCGCUGGGUCUGACGUUUCCAUUAGUGUGGCUGCAUUCAUCCACACCGUGAUACUAUUACCCUCCAGAUCACUAGCAUGAACCCCUUCACCGAGAAGAACAAGCGCCCCAUCUGUCUAAGGGUGUAUUCUUUCAUGUUAUAGACCAUACGUGCAAAGGUACGCAAUAGGAAAGCAGGCACAAGUGAUCCAGAAUAGCGCGUGACCACGCGAAUGCUGACAAGAACCAAGUCGUUUGGCAUCGGUGGGGCAUGAUGAGCCAAUACUCUGGACGAACGUGGGUGGGCAGAAGCACAUGGAUCUGGGCGUAGCGAAUGCGUGAGUUUUCCUGUCCGGGCAUAUAAAAGAAUUCACGUUAUUGCUUAUACCCUCUGAACAGCUCGCCAUGUUGGGUAUCACUGUUGGUGCAUUUGUCGCCACCUUUGCUGGUGUAGCUUUCGCCAGACCUCUGAUCGUGUCCAGCACCAAUGCAAGCUCCUCAGCAGAACCUGAUCCUUCAUUCGCCACCUCCGUCAAACUAAAUGGCGUAACAUUUGUGAAUAAGGGUUUGGUUGGGUUCGGUUUGAUUCCUUCGGAUUUCAAGGAGUCUACAGGUGAUACACUGGGUGGAAUCGGGAGCGCGAUCGCGUUGAAGAAGGGAACAUUCCAGCAGAACGCAGACGGAACUUUCAGUGGAACGUUUAUAACUCAACCGGAUCGUGGAUUCAAUGUAGACGGGACGGUUAACUAUCAAGCUCGCCAACAUGUUAUCGACUUUGUCCUUUCUCCUUACUACGGAGAUGUAGACCUUAGCUUCGCGGACGCACAGAAGACGCUCCAACUGACGUACAAAAGUACACUCCUAUACACCGAACGAAACGAUGUUCAAACAAGCGGCUUGGAUCCUCUCGCUGUUCGUGCGGCUCAGUCCGGGUUCCCCAACAUCCUUGCUGCGGACCCUGAGAUGCCAAUUCCUUCGAAGUCUUUUUCACACCUCAGCAUCGAUGCUGAAGGUCUAGCGUUGAAUGACGACGGGACGUUCUGGACGAGCGAUGAAUAUGGACCCUACAUAUAUCUAUUUGAUAGUGAAGGUCACCUUCUUCAAACAAUCCAACCUCCGGAAGCUGUACUGCCUGAGGUGAAGGGCAAGAUCAACUUCACCGCUGACUCUGAUCCUGACACUGGCCGCGCAGGCAACCAAGGUCUUGAAGGCCUCACCCUUGAUGAUGCCGGAACGACCUUAUAUGCACUCUUGCAAACAGCGACUAUCCAGGACGGGGGAGACGACAAGUCCACCUCUCGCUUCACCCGCUUACUCGCUUUCGACGUUUCCAAUCCUUCUGUUAGACCCUCGCUUGUAGGGGAGUGGGUUGUGCCGCUGCCACAAAAUAAGAAAGGUAAUACCCUGGGUUCAAGCGAACUCCAUUUCGUUCACGAAAACGUCUUCUUGGUGCUGGCAAGAGAUGGCCAUGGACAUGGUGAUGACGAUACUGAUUCAUCUUACAAACAAGCAGACCUUAUUGACAUCAGCGACGCGACCAACAUUGCUGGAUCCAAAUUCGACAGUCCCAAGAAUCCUAUUGCGAAGAAGGGCAAAUUGGACAAGUCGAUCACUGCUGCUACGUACGUCGGGUUCGUAGACUUCAUUGACGAUACACAACUAGCUCGAUUCGGCCUCCACAAUGAUGAUCCAGCCGACCAAACUCUCAUUGACGCAAAGUGGGAAUCCUUGGCUUUGGCUCCGGUAGGCGAUCCUGCCAACCCAGAUGAUUUCUUCCUCUUCACCGCGGCGGACAAUGACUUCAUCAGUACUCAUGGCGUGUCACUUGGACAACCUUUCAAUGCAGGACUGGAUAAUGACAAUCAGUUCUUGGUUUUCCGCGUUACUCUGCCUACGAAGUAGAAGAGAUCGGUAUAGUCAAAGAAACUCGAAGAAAUACAAUCGUUUCGCUCUUAGCUAGGUCAAGUUCAAUAAGCUUCGUGAAGUCCGUGCAGUCCCCAGUGCGUAAGGCACAAUUCCCAUUGAUCACAUCUUAUAACCCCGCCAGAAUGUAAUACGUGCAACAUCAUCG